AUGUCUGAGCAAUAUUUGCAUAACGACCCUAAAACACCGCGAAUUCCUCAAACUGGGUUUGAUAUACCUGAGGGGACAAUGACCGGGUUCAAUGGUACGUCAGAGGGUAACACGUCUGUUGCUGGUAGUAUAGAUGAGUUGACAAGUAGAGACACGAACGUCUCCGAAUUUGGAGCUAGUGUUCCAGAUAUUACAAUGAACACUGAAGUAGGAGCUGAUGAGACGGAAGAUGUGAAGGUUGUUACACCGUUGAGUGUUUCUAUACCUACAUUUGAGAAUGUCGCCACUCUACCAACACCAAUGGUGUACAGUCCCAUGUCACCAGCUGUGUUGAAUAAGUCACCUCAAGCUAUCAAAAGCACUGAGAUGAAGAUCAACAUUCCAAAGAGAAGGGCUCAAUAUAAACCAAACUUGGACGGAUUAAUCGGAUCAAAACCUAUCAGAAUAAUCUCAGAAGUGGUACCGACUCCAGAUACCGCUCAGCAAAGAGUAAUAUCUUUACCAACAGUAUCAGAAGAAACUACAACUGAGAAUGAUAAAUUCCCCAUUCACCAUGACGGAACGGCACUUGCGGAUGAUUCUAACUCACAAGAAGACGAUAUAGUACUUAUGGGAUAUAGAAUUGGCGAAUAUACAAAAGCACUACAAUGGCGAAAGGUGAAAACCAUUGGUGUUGGUAAUUUCAGCGAUGUUCUUUUAUAUGAAUCAAUUGAUCAAAAUGAUCCAGAAUUACUCCAAGUAGCUGUGAAGAGGAUAAGAUAUCCACAAGAAUUGAAGGACAUUAGAAACCGCUCAGCCAAUUUUGAUGAACUAUUGGGUAGACUUGACAAUUCUUUAACCAGGGAAAUUUCUGUACUGAAUUCUUUAAAUCAUCCAUGCAUUGUCAAACUAUUUGGAGUGAACGAUCCACUAUUUAUCGAAAGCUGUCGACCAUUAUAUGAUAUGCUCAAGCUAAGACAAAAAUUAGUUCCAUGCAACUUAAUCAUGUCAUACUGUGUUGGUGGAGAUUUAUUGGCCGCAAUGUCACAAUGUUCCGGCAACCUAGAUCGUUGGCUGAUUCAACGUCUAUUUACAGAGAUCCUUUUAGGUGUCAAAUAUUUACAUGAACACAAUAUUAUUCACAGAGACUUAAAGCUGGAGAACAUUCUACUGAAGGUACCUCUUGGGAAUAUCAGAUCCCUAAAGGAUAAGGACAUAUACUACGAGCAUAGUUUUGUAGAGAUUGCCGAUUUUGGGCUGUGCAAGAAAAUAGAACCGGAUGAGCUAUGCACAGCAAGGUGCGGAUCAGAAGACUACGUAUCACCUGAAAUACUAAUGGGUGUACCAUAUGAUGGUCACCUUUCUGACACUUGGGCUAUGGGUGUCAUUUUAUAUUCACUACUAGAAGAUAGACUGCCAUUCGAUCCACUACCAGGUGCUUCUAUUAGACAAAAAAACAGACCAACUGCACAUAGAAUAGCCAGAUUUGAAUGGAAAUGGCAUAAAAUGAUCGAAGAUGAUUCUUCUGCCAAGGAAAUUGUCAAUAAUACUUUAACGAGAAAGAACCAGCGGUGGAAUUGUAAUGACAUUUUCAACUCAGCAUUUAUCCAAGAAAUUGUUGGAUCAUUGCAAUUCUGA